AUGUCUUCGUUUCAAAUGAUUACUUCCCUUUUCCUGCUAGCAAUGAUGGUGGGGGCAUCUAAUGCUCAACUCAGUGCCACAUAUUACGCCAAAACCUGCCCCAAUGUGUCCAGCAUUGUUCGGAGUGUGCUACAGCAAGCUGAACAAAAUGACAUUUGGAUAUUUCCCAAGCUCGUUCGCCUUCACUUUCAUGAUUGUUUCGUCCAUGGUUGCGAUGCCUCGCUACUGCUGAACGGUACGGACAGUGAGAAAACAGAAACCCCGAACCUUUCGACGGAUGGAUAUGCUGUUAUCGAUGAUAUCAAAACAGCGUUGGAGAAAGCUUGCCCUCGCGUCGUCUCGUGUGCUGAUAUUUUGGCCCUGGCUGCUCAAAUUUCUGUUUCCUUGGGUGGAGGUCCAACAUGGAAAGUCCCACUAGGAAGAAGGGAUAGUCGGACCGCACACCGGGAAGGAACUGGAACCAUCCCCACCGGACAUGAGAGCCUUGCCGUUAUUGCAACCCUGUUCAAGAGCAUGGGACUUGAUUCCACUGAUCUAGUCGCUUUGUCAGGUGUUCACACAUUUGGAAGGGCUCGAUGUGCUGCAUUCAUGGACCGCCUCUACAAUUUCAAUAACGUAUCAGGGAAAAUUGACCCGACCCUCAACGGGACAUACGCGAAAACACUUGGACAACUAUGUCCCAAAGGCGGAGACGUCACGAGUUUGAUCGAUCUCGACGAACAAACUUCGCUUACGUUCGACAACAAGUACUUUUUGGAUCUUCAAAACCGUAGGGGACUGCUUCAAACCGACCAAGAACUGUUCUCCACAAAAGGGGCUGAAACAGUGGCCAUUGUCAACAGGUUUGCAAGCAGCCAAAGCCAAUUCUUUAAUAGCUUCGCAAAGGCCAUGAUAAAGAUGGGGAACAUAAACCCCUUGACUGGUACCAAUGGAGAGAUAAGGCUUGAUUGCAGAAAGAUCAAUUAAAAUAAGUUUAAAGUGUGGGUGAGUUUUUAUUUGUUGUAGUCAUAGGGGUGUGUUUCCUUGAAGAAUGCAAGGAAUAGUGAAAUUUUAGCGCAUUGUUGGGUCCUAAUGGAAAAAUAAAAUUCAAGAAUCUGAGUUCCAUGGCAAAAUUAGCCAUUCCAAA